AUGCGAUCUGCAGGCAUAUGUCAUAUGCUUGCAUAUGCGAUCUGCAAGCACAUGCCAUAUGCGAUCUGCAAGCAUAUGCCAUUAUGCGAUCUGCAAGCAUAUGCCAUUAUGCGAUCUUCAAGCAUAUGCCAUUAUGCGAUCUGCAAGCAUAUGCAAUCUGCAAGCAUAUGCCAUAUGUUUGCAUAUGCGAUCUGCAAACACAUGCCAUAUGCGAUCUGCAAGCAUAUGCCAUGUGCGAUCUGCAAGCAUAUGCCAUAUGCGAUCUGCGGGCAUAUGCGAUCUGCAAGCAUAUGCCAUAUGCUUGCAUAUGCGAUCUGCAAGCAUAUGCCAUAUGCGAUCUGCAAGCAUAUGCCAUUAACGAUCUGCAAGCAUAUGCCAUUAUGCGAUCAGCAAGCAUAUGCAAUUUGCAAGCAUAUGCCAUAUGUUUGCAUAUGCGAUCUGCAAGCAUAUGCCAUUAUGCGAUCUGCAGGCAUAUGUGAUCUGCAAGCAUAUGCCAUUAUGCUAUCUGCAGGCAUAUGCGAUCUGCAGGCAUAUGUCAUAUGCUUGCAUAUGCGAUCUGCAAGCAUAUGCCAUAUGCGAUCUGCAAGCAUAUGCCAUUAA